AUGAAGAACGUUGCUACCCUUGCAGCCUUCGCUGCUGGGGCUAAUGCCCUUGUUGGCCGGAGCGACUCUUGCUGCUUCCACCUGACAGCUUCUGGUGAUGCUUCUGGCACCAUUGGCCAGCUGGGUGAUGGUCAGAACCGCAUCGGUGGUGGACUUCCCGCAGCCCAGUUCUGCAUUGACUCCAACGGUGGCAUCACUGAUAGCAGCGGACGCGGUUGUGUUGUGACUAGCGAGACUACACAGUUCCAGUGUGACUUGGGUAAAUCUCCUAUGUCGGGUUUCUCUAUCACCUCCUCUGGCGAGCUGGAGUACAAGGGUGACGCCGAUUUUGUUGCCUGCCAAACUGGCGACGACAAUGAACUGAACCUUUACACCACUGAAAACUCCUCCGUCACUGGCUGCGAGAACAUCAAGUUGACGGCUGAUUCCUGCUCGGGCUCGGGUGCUGGCUCUGUUGGCUCCAGCUCUGCUCCGGCUUCGACCCCCGCCCCUCAGUCCAGCCAGCCGGCUCCUGCUCCGUCUUCCAGCGCUCCGGGUGUCCCUGGCGCUGGUGCGUCGACUAGCUGGGUACCUGGUGGUCCUGCCUCCAGUGCUUCCGUGCCCUACGGCCCUGGCCCCCAGUCGAGCGGCGCCGUGCAGGUGACGACCGUCUAUGUGACCGAGACCUACUGUGGCGCUGAGUCUACUCCUGUGGUUUCUGUUCCUGGAGAGACUACUGUCCCGCUGGUCCCCGUUGGACCCGGGUCAUCUGCUCCCGCUGGUUCCCAGCCGGCGCCCUCCGGAUCCCCUGCUCCUCAGCCAUCCGAGACUCCAUCCUACCCUCAAUCGUCCGAGAGCCCUGCUCCCCAGCCUUCGGAGACUCCUUCAUACCCCCAGUCCUCGGAGACCCCGGCCCCCCAGCCUUCUGAGACUCCUGCUCCUCAGCCAUCUGGAUCGCCCGCUCCUCAGCCAUCUGGAUCGCCCGCUCCUCAGCCUUCUGAGAGCUCUUACCCCGAAACCUCUGGCACUCCUGCUCCUCAGCCAUCCGAGACUCCUUCUCCUGAGACCUCUCAGACUCCUGCCCCCCAGCCAUCCGAGACUCCUUCUCCUGAGACCUCUCAGACUCCUGCCCCUCAGCCUUCCUCCUACCCCCAGACUUCUGGAACUCCUGCUCCUCAGCCGUCUGGCACUCCCUCUUACCCCCAGACCUCCGCGUCUCCCAGUAGCGCUCAGCCUUCUGGUACGGCCACUCAGUCUUCCUCUGCCAGCUGCCCCACCGAUCUUUCUGGCGACUAUGAGUACCCUCAUCUGAUCGUCCCGAUCAACUCUUCCACCCCCGACACCGCCUAUGGCACUCAGUACUUCGGCACCGUCUCCUCCACUGUCUCGACCAUCUUCAACUUCGACAUCCCCUCUUCGGACUCUGGAAAGACCUGCAGUCUGAUCUUCCUGUUCCCUACCAAGGAUCAGCUCGAGACCUCCGACUACACUUUUAGCGGAGACGGCAAGGUUGACUUCUCCCAGCUCGAGUCUGCUGCUAGCGAGUCGACGACCUACAACAACGCUCCUGGAGUCAAGCAGGACUACGGCGACUUCACCCUCUCGCCUGGCAACUCUUACCUGAUCUCCACUUUCUCUUGCCCGGCUGGCCAGACUGUCAGCUACGAGAUGAAGGAGGCUGGUAGCACCUACCUCAACUUCUUUGAGGACUACAACCCCUCUCCUCUCGGUCUGUACAUCACGGUCUGCUAA